AUGUCCCUGGUUCUUCUCGAAGCCAACGGGGGAGUCAUUUGCGAUGUUCACUCAGAAGAGCCUGUGACUCCCGAAACGCCACAUCUCGCACCGGAAGAACUGCGAGAAUCCAACUUCUGCCUCGAUGUCCAGAAGCUCCUUCUCGGAGACCGCCGACCAACUGCGCUCACCUGCACAUUGGAGAUCAAUUGGCGCCGGCAGUCAUCUGAAUUUGUAGCUUCCUCGGACGCAGAGGACUCAGUCACAACCACCGUCCUUGAUAUUCCCCGAUUUGUGGUCCCAAUGGGCGAGCCUCGAGUUCUUGCAUCGGCUACCCCAUCUAGCAGUAUGGCGGGGUUGAUUCAUAUGGAUUAUGUACUGGAGAACCCCUCCACCCAUUUCCUCACCUUCAACCUGGUCAUGGAAGCUAGCGAGCACUUUGCCUUUAGCGGACCGAAGACCACCGUUGUGCAGCUUGUGCCGCUGAGUCGCCACACAGUGAACUUCAAUUUGUUUGCAGCGAAGCGUGGCUUAUGGAUUCAGCCACAACUGGUAGUUAUUGAUACCUACUUCAACAAAACACUCCGCGUCCUUCCAACGGGGGAUAUGAGGUCGGACAAGAAGGGGGUUCUGGUAUGGGUUGAUGCCGACGAUUGA